ACCGUUCACACCAAAUUGCGGAACAAAAUCAAAGCAGAAAGUCUGCAAAGUCAGCUACUUGCUUGAGUGGUGUUUUGCAAAAUAAAAUUACAAAAAUCCAUCAAAUAAAAAUUCCCUAAAAGAGCUACAAACGUAUCCAGAAGUGACAUUUGUUGGAGCCAUUUAGUCUUAAAAAAAAACAAUUCGAAUUAUUCCCCAACAGCUGCGAAUUGCUUAGAGUCCCAAUAAUUCGAAUGUUGGCCCAUCACAUAAUCGAAUACCUUUGCAAAUAGCAAAGCGCGUCUUCAACCAGACACAAACUCUCACACACACACACACACACACGCAUAGCAGGCGACAAAUAAACAAGUGUGUAUGUGCGCGGGUGUUUUUGAGUGUUUGUGCGUAUUUCCGUUCUAUUUGAAGCGAAGUCGUUUGUGGCAGACCCUGCGGGGAGGGUCUGCGAAAAUCUAUUUUCACUUUCAUCCGUAUUGUGCUGUGUCGUGCCGUUCGGUGUUGUGCUCUACUCUGCUCUCGCAUUGCGACGCUCUCGUAUAGGUAGAAGUUGAUGGUGAUUUCGAUGUCGCUUGUCCUGGCUUUUGUUUAUUAAUGGUACUCUGCAACUCCUUCGUUGGCCAAGAUCCUUACAUAAACCUCAGAAGAUUCAGUGUGCGUGUUCGAAUGCUGUGCUGCGAAUGUGUGAGCAUUCUGUGUGUGUUUUCUCCCCAACGCACAUUCAUCUUGCUAAGCCAGCAAUGUAAGUUGUUUUAUGGUGUGGUCCACUACAACAACUACACAAACAAAUAAUAGGCGAGCAAGAAAGCUACAACAACAAUAACAGUCAUUGUGUCAAACGCUGAUUAGUAUGAAAUAAACAAACACCAGCCAACAGCAAACAACAACUAUUAAAAACUUUUUGUUACUCCGUCAGUGCCAGUGUAUGUGUGGACAAUACCACAAUAAUAGUUAACUCAAAACAAAAAAAAAAAAAAAAACAACGCAAACAACAACAAACAAGCUGAGCAAAGCAAAAGAAAAGGAAAUAAACCACAAUAAUACUAUGAUUGGUGCCAAAGUUUACCCCCACAAUUGUUUACUUUCAAAAAUUGAAUCCUAAAAGUAAUUGAAAAAACAACCGCAGUUUAAAGUGUUUGUAUCUGUGUGUGUGUAUGUAGCUAGCGAUGAGUGUCGAGAUGCAGGUGCUUGCACACGCUGUUGUGUUUUAGUGAAUGAAUUCAGUUACUUCCCCUUGCCAACACAUCCCAUCAGGGAAUAGAGUGGGUGAACAUUUUUAAAAAUAAACCACCAAAAAGGAAAACAAUGAUGACACACGAAUAGAAACAAAAACGAAAACAAACACAAAUACCACAUCUAAUACCAAAAUGCUAAACUGACUUAGUUUGUGUAUGUUUAUGCAACUAAAACCAUGGAUUAAGGAUAACAUCUAGCCACAAUCUGAAUAAAGUUAUACAUCUUGGAGACUUUAUGUAAAAGCUUGACAAUCCUAUUGUUCCAUGAAUUUGUGAUAGUCUAAUCAAAUUUUUGAAAUAAAAUCAAAAAUCCAAAGCCCUCGGCAGCCACAGCAGCAUAUAUCAAAAGUGACUCUUCUUCUUCUUCUCUGCCACCAAGUGAAAAUGAAAAUCCGACCUUUGGAAAAACUGAAAACAGCCAAAGCAUCAAACUACAAAAGCCGUACAAGAAAUACCCAUGAGAUACAUAACAAAUAAAUAACGAUUUGUGGACACUUUCGCAUAAGUUGGCUGCCACCCCCACCUCCAUAGGACGCAUACAUGGCUCACCCAUGUUUGCUAGCUUGUCUUCAAAUCGGAUAUUAACUUUUGAAGGUGCAAACACCUGCCAACAGAGAGCAGAGCAAAAGCGAACACCCAACACCACACCAAUUGCACAAGGAUCCUUUGGCGAAAGGUAGCUGCGUCUAAAUGAAGUUAACAAUCUGUCAAUUGGGUAACUUGUGUUUGCUGCUGACAGCCUUUUUCGUUGCUAGUAAAUCUCUAAAAUCUGCUGUUAUUGCCCUUGCCGUUAAUGCCGGCCAUGUCGUCGUUGUUGAUGCAGUCGAUGUCAGCGACAUUAAGGGGAAAUUCGAACAAAGUAACCUGCAAAGCAAUCGUCUUCAAUCAACGGAGGUAACACCACUAACCCCAUCCACUGGAGCAAUCAUCCCAAAAAAUCCCAUAAAUAAUACAUUCAACUCCACGCUCGGCGACAGGUCACAAAUCAUCACGAAUGUCCAAGUGAAAGUGAGUGGAAAUCAAAGCGAAACGCCCAACAACCGGAGGGGAGACUCUUCCACAAUUCCAUUGGCAGCUGUCGUCGAUAACAAUGUCGAGAGAAUGCAUUCAAAGUCAACAACAGCAAGUGCAACGACUAUGUUUGAAAUGUCAAUACCAGUGCUGUCUGCUGCAACAUCAGCAAAAUUGUCGGGGACAGCAGGACACGUGACGGAUUUAAUGAGGCGCCAACACAAUGAGAAUGGCGGCAAUGAUUUUGUGCCUGCACAAAAGCACAAACGUAACAAUAAGCUCCAGCCUGGCACAGGGGUAGGGGCAGAUAGGGAUUUACAAUCUCAAACACCAUCAUCUUCCACAUCCCCAUCUCGAUCCCCAUCAUCAGAGUCAUCCGGCUUUAGUUCUCGUUAUUAUCGACACCAGCCAACAAUGGUGCGGCCCCAACCGAAUGGCAUCGCUUUGCCUCCUAAUCAGCAGCAGACACCAAUGACGCCCGGACACAAAUUACCCCCCAUUGCCACAGCCACAACAAAGGAUUAUGAACGUGUGGCCAUACUGAUGCCCCCUCAACUGCUGCACAGAAUGCAUGUGCAACAGGGCUUUUACGACUUUGUGGAAUUCUUCCAAGUGAACUUGAACAAUGUCAAUGUUGAUUUCAUAGGCGACGACGAUUUAACAACUUUCAUCAAGUUAUUGGAGCAACCCAAUUACACGACGGUGGUAAAGACCCUAAAUACAGGCAUUAAUCUCGACUACGAUGACGACGACGACGACGACGACAAUGGUGAUGAUGACCUUCAUGAAGGAGUUUCACCAAAACCACAACAACCACUGAACAGACAUGGCGAAACCGCAGCAGCCCACUCAAAGGCAAAUGGAAGCGAGCCCAAAGGUAAAGGGCCAGCGAAGACAGCAAAUGGGAACAAAAAAGACGCCAGUGCCAAUGAAAAUGAUGGCGAUGGCGAUGCAGACGUUGAUGAUAAUGUCAGAAAAGGUUAUGAGGAUUUGUCUAACGGGAAAAAAGAACAAAGCCAGCCACGCCGCAUGAAACAAGGGCAAAAAUCCCUCAACAUCGGAUACUGCCAUUUGGCCCAAGCACUGCAAAGAGAUUUUAAUAAAACCGUUUUGCUCUGGCCCUGUCCCCACAUGAAGGAAUCGAGCAAUUUUCUGCCAUCAUAUGAAGCAAUUUCCUUUGCCGUGAAAAGUAUAGCGACAAAACUUAAUUGGACACAGGUUGACAUCUUCGUUGGAGAUGAAAAUUGGGCAUUACCAAUGGCCAUAGCUGCCAACAUGCAUAUCCCGUACAAAAUUGAAAUUGGAGAAGAUGACAUACGUGACCUGCAUGCAGAGGAUAAAUUUGGCAAAGCUAUUAUCAUUACGGCUGCCAUGAACGACGACAGCACAUUAAGAGUGCUAAGCUUGCUGGAGUCCUUGCAGCACACCAAGGUGUUACUCAUUGACAUUGUGGCGACAUCGUUUAAUGCCGAAAAUCGCUUUUACAAAUAUCUGACACGCAUUAAUCCCGAUUCGGCCCUAAUGUCCAACCUACUGCUGUUGACGGUGCUGAGCGACAACUAUCGCCAUUUCCUUAAUGUGGCUUUUGAUGACAAUGGCAUUGAAUUGGUGCAGAAUUUUCGCCAAAAACGGCACCGCAAAGAGGUUCAGCCACCGCCACCGCCACCAGCCUCUUUGACACAUGUCAGGGAAGAGGAAAAAAAUGAUUGGCCCAUUCAUUUGGACAAAUCGAUGGCCGAGGUCUUGCAUGUGCGGCCUGAAACAGCUGCGGAAACGGAAAUGGCAACUGAAAAUCACACUCAAACUGCUGCAGCCGCCUCCGCUUCUGUGGCUAAUGUCAUCCACAACAAAUUGGAAUCGUUAAGUGAAUGGCUGACAGAUUGCCCGUUUGUGAAUGAAUCCCGUCGUGAUUUAAAUGAAAUUUGCCUAAACUAUCAGCCAUGCCUGGAUCGGGAGGGAGCGAGAAACGAAAGCAUUGCCAGCCAGCUGCUAGAUCUGUGCCAAACUCAUUUCAUGGACUAUGAACAACACCUAAUAGACAGACUUCGUAGUUUCAUAGAUUUUUUCAACUUUUACGAUUUUUUAAUUGCCAAUAUAUUGCCAACUAACAUCAAAGCAUCCCACAGCCUGGGUGGGGAGGCUUCCGCCAAGGCCUUGAUUAAUGAAUCAGGUCAAGUGCCAAAAUACGACUUUAUUGUACUGGAUGUGGUGCGGAAGAGGCCCCUAACAAGCGCCACAUCCGCCUCCUCACAUGCCGCAGAGACAACCGGCAGCAACAGCACCGGAAGUCAGCAAAGUUUAAAUAGCAACAACGCCACCACCACCACCAUCACCGGAGGCCAUGACAAAAACAUUCGAAUGUAUUUGGAAAGUUUAACGCCAAGCCUCAGUGCCAAUGCUGGACGAGCAUCGAUGCCAGACGAGGGAUUAGCGGCAGCCUUUAAGUGGAGACCCCUGCUGAUAUUGGAACAACAUGAAAUUCACUUGAAGACAUACAUCACCCAUUCCAUACGACCGGGCUACGAUGAUUGGCUGGUUAGCACCGCUCAAUUGUGGCAGUGCGGUUCCAUUUGUUGGACCAUCAUUGCGAUUUCGGCCUCACUACUCGUGGCCAUAAUUGUGGCAAGUGUGGCAGCUGGUAUUGCCAUGAGAAAUUAUUUCUUGCGCAAACGCUUGUCCAAAGGUCCAAAUAAGAUUGUGCUUUCUGCCAAUGAUUUUGUAUUUCCAGUGGAUUCAAGAAGGGUGGACGAAGGCAUUGAGGCCAUGCUUUGCUGUUGGCUGCAACAAUUACAGGAGUUUGGGGGACCCGAAGUCGAUAAACCGGAUUUGUUGAAGGGCUCCAUUGGUUCGCUGAAAAACUUGGGCUUUCUUAUACCGGGAGCAUCGGGACCCACCACCAUCAAUGGUCUUAACGGAAAGACGGGUUCGGGAUCGGCCAGUUUGGCCCGCCACAAUCCGGCCUUAUUAGAUAUGAGGGCCCGCUAUAAUGGUGAUUUGGUGCAACUCAAAGAAGUCUCUCUCAAUGGAUCCACCGAGCUCAAAUCCAAGGCCAUGGAUCUGCUGGUAAUGGCUCACGGCCUCAGGCAUGAGAACAUCAAUCCCCUAAUCGGUUGGCUGGCUGAUCCCAAUCGUACCGCCAUGGUUUUCGACUAUUGCUCUCGAGGUUCGCUGCAGGAUGUUCUGAUAAUGGACGAAAUCAAACUGGACUGGUCAUUUCGUCUUAGCCUGCUCACCGAUUUAGUGCGAGGCAUGCGUUAUCUGCAUGCCUCACCGCUGCGUGUCCAUGGCACACUGACUUCGCGCAAUUGUGUUGUCGAUGCACGUUGGGUGCUUAAAAUAACCGAUUAUGGGCUCCCCCAAUUCUAUGAGGCCCAAGGUGUGCAGCCCACCCCACGAACGGCCAAGGAGAUGUUGUGGUGUGCCCCCGAGCAGUUGCGUUCACUGAAACCGCACCAACAUCACAAUCACUCGCGCCUUAUGACCACCCAGGCAGGUGAUGUCUACUCCUUUGGCAUAAUCAUGCAGGAGGUGGUGGUGCGCGGUGAGCCCUACUGUAUGCUGUCAUUGUCAGCCGAGGAAAUUAUAGCUAAAAUUAAAAAGCCACCACCCCUUAUAAGGCCGUCGGUGUCGAAGGGAGCCGCACCGCCCGAGGCGAUAAAUAUAAUGCGACAAUGUUGGGCAGAGCAGCCGGAGAUGAGGCCAGAUUUCAAUUCAGUCUAUGAGCGCUUUAAAUUAUUAAAUCAUGGACGAAAAGUGAACUUCGUGGACACAAUGUUUCAAAUGCUCGAAAAGUACUCUAACAACUUGGAAGAAUUGAUACGAGAACGUACCGAUCAAUUGGAUAUGGAACGCAAAAAGACUGAGCAACUCUUAAACAGAAUGUUGCCAAAUUCGGUGGCUGAAAAAUUGAAAAUGGGUUUGGCCGUUGAGCCGGAGGAAUUUUCCGAUGUGACCAUUUACUUCAGCGACAUCGUUGGUUUUACAACGAUAGCUGCCCACUGUACACCGGUGCAGGUGGUGGACUUGCUCAACGAUCUCUAUACGAUUUUUGAUGCCACCAUUAAUGCAUACAAUGUCUAUAAGGUGGAAACAAUUGGUGAUGCCUAUAUGGUUGUUAGUGGUCUUCCGGUACGUGUUCCCGAUCAUGCCGAACAAAUCGCCACCAUGGCCUUGGAUUUGCUGCAUCAGAGUGGGCGCUUCAAUGUCAAACACCUGCCCGGGGUUCCGCUGCAAUUGAGAAUUGGUCUACACACCGGACCCUGCUGUGCGGGUGUUGUGGGUUUGACUAUGCCUAGGUAUUGUCUCUUUGGCGAUACUGUCAACACAGCUUCACGCAUGGAAUCAACCGGUUCCUCUUGGCGCAUACAUAUGUCUCAGGAGACCCGCAACCGCUUGGAAGCUCGCGGCGGCUACACCAUUGAGCCGCGCGGUCUCAUUGACAUCAAAGGCAAGGGCAUGAUGAACACAUUUUGGUUGCUGGGCAAGAAAGGCUUCGACAAGCCCUUGCCAAAUCCCCCACCGAUCGGAGAAUCUCACGGUUUGGAUGAAUCGUUGAUACGCAACUCAAUUACCUUGAAGGCCCAGGCCAACAAGUCUCGCACAAGUACAAACCCCUCGUCCAGUCAAUCCUCCUCGCUGGCUGGCGAGUCUGUGGAAGUCAAAGUGGAGAUCACACCACCCACAAAUGCCGAAAUCUCCUCUCCCAAUUUGCCAAACUCCUAUUCCCUGGACUCCAAUUCCACCACCACUAUAAGUCCCAAUAUGACCUUGUGUCCCGAAUUUCCCAUUAAGACGCCCAGUACCUCGCCACAGUCCCGCAAAAUAAGCGAGCUGCCUGGCGAUAAUCUAUUGAAUCCGAAUAGUUUCAAUCGCUUGCCCUCCUCCACGGCUGGGUCAUCGUCAAGGCUCUACAAAAAGAUCGAGGAGAUGAUGGACCUAAGCUCUCCCUACAACCAUUACAAGUGUCUCAGCCCAAGUGAGAGCAACCUUACGCAGUUCUAUGAUGGCAAAUAUCUGUACAGCGGAGGUGGAGUGGCGCCAGUUAUUCCAAGCACCAGCGGCAAUUGCAAUAGUCUGCAGACGGCAAGAUUCGAAAAGCCCGGAUCCUCGCGUUUGCUACGACGUCAGUUCAGUCUGGAUCGUGAUGAUACCCACGCAAAGGGUGAGCAUCACCACCAACAACAUCAUCAGUCUUCCCUGCAAUCCUCCCACACCAUGUCCAUGUCCAACAAAUCGUCAAUGCUGGAGAUACCCAUACUACACGAUACGGCAAGAAGUCCCAAGGGCACAAUCAAUCGCCUGCAUAAACAGAACUCCAAUUCCAUAGCCCAAGAUCUGGAGAAGAUUGAGGAGAUCCCUUUGUCACCGGCCUCGUCACAGCAGCAUAGUAGUCUAGAUAGCAACAUGAACCGUAGUCCACCGUCCACAGUGGAUGCCCAAUCACCGCCUCCACCAACUGCCCUGAGGGGAGUUUUGGGAGGUUACCUUCCAUCGACAUCGCCUCCACCUGCCACCUUACUCUCGGCACCUGCAUCGCCCGCUCCCUCAAGAUCCCUGAAUGGCGGUCUGGCCAGCACUGCGAUCAUGGAAAGUCCCACCACGGAUGCCUCAUCGACGGCAACCACAACGGCCUCAGUAAACUCCAAUCAAACAGUUCCCAGUGAAGAUCACAGAAACCUUAGGAAACCCGAAAUAACUCUAAACGUUGAAGCCCUCCUGAGUAGGUAGGAUACGGUGUAAAUGCUCCUCUUCGGGGAGCAUUUGGAGGCCAAAUCUCAAACUUAAAGCUCUUCUAGGAUUUUGCAAGUUACUCAAAGUUUAAGUUCACAGAAAGUAUCCUGAUUGGCUCAAAGUGCAAUACAAGACAUGCCAAGCGAAAACCGAAACAAUUUUACAUUUCAACCUCACCAAAUUUCUGUCCGUCUGUCUGCAAGUUUUCGAUCGAGUGAACAAGUCGAAAUCGGUUGAAGGCCCCACAACAGGAGAGUGUGUGUGUGGAGCGACUCCUCAAGUAUAUUUUCAGAAUAUCUUCACACGCAUGAUGUUGUAUUGAACUUUGAUGAAACUCUCACAUAUAAGUAUAAUUAAAGCAAUAUUGUUAUUAUUAUCUCAUCUGGUCUUUGUUGUUAUUCAUAGAUUGAAAACCAUGAUUUAUUCUUCAAUAUCUUAUAUUUUCCAUUAUCUAUCUAUUUAUGUGUUCAAAUAUAUUAGAAAGGUAUCUAGAGGUGUCUUCAAAUGGCUUUAAACUAAACUUAACUAAAAUGAAAUACAUAACCUACAUAUAAUUAGACUAAGACAAUUGUCAUUAAGUUUUGUAAACUCAGUUCUCAGUUCAAAUCCUCGAUAUACGAUAAUUAUUUAAUAGUUUCGAAUAGUUGUACGACUUACAUUGAAAUCUGAAAGGCUUUAUCACAUAACAGAAUAUGAAAAUGAAAACCAUCUGGUCACCUUGUCUCUGAGCAUAGGGAGCAAGCUGGCCAUGCAUCAAGGAUUUAACCAAAGAAUGAGUACAAUUUUAUGUUCACUAAGGCAUAAAGUAAAAAAAAAAAUAAUAAAAGCGAAUAAUUGUUGAUAUUU